AUGAAGUUCAAACAUCUCGCCCUCCUCCCCAGUCUCUCUUUGAUAUCCACGACCACCGCCCUCCCUACCUCCAACCCACCAUCAACAAACGACACCCUCUGCGACUGCUACAUAAUCUCCGGUCCGGACCCAGGCUACUUUACCAACUACCACUUCUGGGACUUUCGCAACAUCCCUCUCCCAAAUGCCACCCAACAACCGGCCCCAGCGCUCCUCGCACUAGACACCACGCUCCUCCUAUCCAACACACCCUUCAUCAACGACUGGCGCCCCCAAACCUGGACCAAAACGGGAAACACGGAGCUCCUCCCCAUCGCCAACGCCGAAAAAAAACACUACGUCUCAACCGCCGAAAUCGAGUUCCUCCGAUGGAACAUCCUGCACUGUUCACUCCGCGUGAGAAUGAGACUCAUGUCAAAGGAAACCGCCCUCGGCCCCAGGAUCAUCUACCCACCCACCCGAAAACCCGAAGACAAGGAUUGGGGCAAAGGGAGUCGACGACCCGUGAGGCAUAAUACUGUGCCCAAAGGCGCUUGCGUCGGACUCUUCACGUACCAGUCCAAAACAUGCGAGUCGGAUAUCGAGAUCCUCACUUCUGAUCCACCCAAUGUGAUCCAUUAUUCUAACCAGCCAGAUUACGAUCCCGUCUCGGAUACGGCUAUCCCCGGGGCGGGCUCCAUGGUGAAUCUUUCGGUGCCGUGGACGGCGUGGUCGACGCAUCGCCUGGAUUGGUUUCCUGAUAUCUCGCGUUGGUAUGCUGGGGAGACUUUGCAGGCGGUUAAGGCUUAUGGUGUGCCUCGGGAGCCGAGUACUUUGGUGUUGAACCUGUGGAGCGAUGGGGGGAAUUGGACGGGGAAUUUGAGGGCUGGGGAGUCGGUGUUCUUGGGAGUUGAGUGGAUUGAGAUGGCGUUCAAUGUUUCUUCCGUGCCUGGGGCGUCUGUUGGCCGUGGUGAGGGCUUGACGAGGUCGCGAGGUGGCGCGGUUCGGAGGGCUGAUUUGGGGGAUGUUGGCAGAGCUAGUAGCAAGACGUUAGAAGGUGAUAUCCCGAAGCAAAAGAAUAUAUCCACAGGGGAUGAGGUUGGGUGUCGAAAAGCGUGUUAUGUGAGUGACUUUCAUUAA